AUGGGCAACGUCACCCUGUUGGUCAACACCACCGCCGAGCUGGACCUCGAGACGAAUUUGCAGAUUUUUAUAGUCACAACGAUGAUCAAUAUUUUGGCAUUGUAUAUUAUUGUAAUGAGGACGCCGGCGCAUAUGCGGGCUUAUGGACGAGCGCUGGCAAUCUAUCAGACACUCGGAUUCAUGGCCGGAAUUCACUUGGGGGUGAUUAUCGCCGUGAUGUUCCUGAUUCGACAUCAAGCGAUUAUGCCGGAGGUUCAUCCCUUGAAGCUGGCCCCACGUAUAAACUACACCUUCUAUGCCGUGAUCCAAAUGCUGCCCUAUCUUCACAUUGGCCUCUUUUUCUUUGAAGUCUUUACCAAUGACGAUCAACCGUCGGCUAAGAAAUAUUAUAAAGAGAAAUACCCAUUCUUACGUCGUUUCAUCGACGUGGACACUUUUUACGUGUUUACACCGGAAGUCGGCACCCUGGUGGUGGCAAAUAUCUCGAUAUGGAUCGCGUUUUUUAUUGUUGCUGUUUUUGGGGCGUGCGGCUCGAGUUUCCACGUGCUGACACACCGAAAAACGAUGAUGAGCGCGCGGACGUACAAAUUACAGCAGCAGUGGAUUAGCAAGUGUAUUUUACAGGUCGCGAUCCCGUUGAUAACCUUCCUAUGUCCGGUUUUCUUGUCCUUUUACAUCUAUUUCACCGAUGCUAUUCACUUAACAGGAUUAAUGCCGGUUGCCGUUUCUGUACUUGGACAGCACGGCUUUUGCUCUACCGUAGUGACGAUGUUGCUCUACCGACCUUAUCUCGUCUACCUCAAGCAACGAACCUGGGAUUUUUUGGCCUUUACCUUGCCUUUCCUAUUCGAGCCUCGUACUUUUGCGGGACUGGAAGCGGCGACGAUAGUAUUCCGACGUAGUCAGGACGGUUAUAUGCGACGCUUCUCCUUAGUGGCUCGAAUUGUCGCCACACGUCAUCACUUCAAUCAGCAAUUUUCACAAACCAAUCAGAAUAUCAUAGGGGUCACCACUCCUGAA